CACGUAGCGGCAGUGAUUGCGAUGCUUCAUCACGCUGUGCCAUGGCGCCUGUGGGUGGUCAUGGAGGUCUUCGCUCAGAAGAAGGCCCAGUGGGUGGAGUUCCUGGAGAAAGCGGGAAGCGCAGAGCUUGUGCUUUUGAACCUGUGUGACUCCGGCUCCCUCUGUGACGACCUCCUCCGGCAUCUGCCCGGGAGCAGCGUGAGGCUGAGCCAGUUCAGUGGGCCAGUGGGGCUAAGUGGGGCGGCCGCCCUUGCCGCGAUGGCUCGUCGCUCUCAACUCGACAUCCGUUUGCGUGUGACCGCAAUGCCAACGGAGACAACUGAGGGCAACUGGAGAUUAGAUCUCUAUCCUGCGAGCUCUGACCACGCCUCCCACACGAGGCAGCUGCCUGGUGGCUCUCACACCCGCCCGCCACGUCUGGACAUUAUUGCGGGAGAGCCAUGCAACCCGCGGGACUUGGCCGACGCCAUCAUUUCCCUGACCCCCCAAGAUAAGAGGUUCUCGAGCCUGUCGCUAGAGUUCCAUCUGUGUAAUGAGAAGCUGAGUGAUGAGGAGCUGCGAGAUCUCCUGCAGAGGCUGCAGGAUGAAGACAUCAGGACGAGUGACUUGGAGGAAGCGCGCGGUGCGAGCCUCACGCACGCUGUAAAGUUUGGCAGGUAUCUAUUUCUUCUACUAGUCAUCGGCGACCAGAUGAGUCCCAGAGAACUAGCAGUGCAGAGUGCAGCACCGGAUGCACUGAAGGCAAUGAUCGAAAGAAGGCAUUUCCUCUCCAGGCGAGACAACUUUUAACGUGGCUGCAGAGUUCUGAAUUAUCGGAACUAUUGAAUUAAGUCGAUGAAAGUCAGUUUAGAUGAUAUUAGAUCACCACACAAUAUGCAGAGGUCAUUGAUCAUUUCUAACUUGUGCCAGCAUUUAAUGUCGACAUAGACGACAUUUAAUGUUGCCGCAGACAUAUUUUUUCGUGUGAUUCAGAUAGUGUCACAUAAUUUCGGAGCUGCGGCAUCUGUUGUAUUUUGCUCUCUCAAGUUUAUGAUGAAAAUGUUGAUAUUGACUGAAGAUGAAUAUCUACCGUACCUAAUAUUAAUGCAGAGCCAACCUGUGAGUGAGGGGCUUGUGAGGAAGGCGACUGUGUCCUGCCCAAAUUGUAAUUUAUAUUAUGUGCACUUAUGAUGAGAACUAUUUUCUUUUAUUUCGAACUUUAGGAUGCGCCAACGAAUAUCUGGUUCCUCUUAAUUUUAGUACAAUUUUUGUCAUUAGUGAGUUUAUGUUUCAUCUAGAGAUUUUGAACUAGUCACAAAGAUAAAAUACCUGUUGAAUAAGUUACACCCAUGCAAUUGAGAUAAAAAAAAAUCAGUAAGUAAAACAUUCAUAUGAAGUUGACGAAAAAUUCGACAUUUUGUACGCUGGAAUCGCUAUUUUGAUCUCGAUCUUUGGCCCUGACUUAUUCAAUUGUAUUCUAUUUGUUAUCGUUUAUUUAUGUAUUUUCUUCAACACCGUACGGCUCUGAUGACGGUGUUACCCACGUGAUCAAGUGAUGUCCUUUUAUUUUAGCUCAUUUGACAUCGUGUUCGUUCAACCGCGUUACCCUGAAUUAGCAUGACUCGGCGGAAGUACGUUAUUUCGCCCAAUAUUUCCCCUUGAAUUUGUUAAGUAAUGCAUUGUGGCAACAGCAGGACAGCGUCACAGACUUGGUGGAAAAAUUUACUCAACAUGAUUAAGAUUAAAACCUUGAGCUUUAGAUAAAAUUUAGGUGCAUCAUUCCGGACAUGGAAUUGGUUAUAAUCAAAGUCAAGUGCAUUUCGUCGUGGGAUUACUCCGGUGUGGCGAGAACAAACGAGUUUUAGAGACGAUUGUUUAUUUUAUUCAUGCAUGUGAAGGUAUUUAAUUUGAAGUGAAAGCACGAUUCCCCGACCCCAAGACCCUUCCUGAUAACAGCUGCCCCCCAUCCCCUUAUUGCCCAUGGAUAUACCGUGUCUAAAGCCACCCGUGCUCCUAUAGACCAAACUAUGCAUGUAUAUACCGUGUCUACUUACUUAAGGACGAGUAAGUAGAAGACUUGCAUCGCAUUCCCUAGUCUAAGCCUUAUGAAGGCUCUAGUGAAGAUUUAUUGUUGCCUGGAGUGCCUACUUCUUUGUUAAGACAUCGGAAUAAGUUCGUUUAUAACUGUGCCUUGCAGUAUAAAAUGUUGUUUUUAAUACAUGUUAAACUUUAAAUGCUUAAAUUUAAGACUUUAUAUCAAUUUUUAUACACAUAUCUUCUAAUAAAAUCAUCAUGACGGAAUCUC